UGCGAGUGUGUGCAAACCCAAGGGGCUUUCCCUCUUUCACAUUCGGCAUAAACAAAGAAAACGCCGUGAUACACGCUUGAUAGCUUGUCGCGCAAAGCUACCACUAAGAAGCUACCAUUGGAAGCCGGGGAGCACAGCUGACCUCAGCCUGACAAUCAUGACGCACCACCACAUCGCCGUCACACAGCUCCGCCUACUUCCAUUGGCUACGCCUCCAAGAUGCAGCCGCCAGCAUCGGUACUCGUAUUACCAGCGCUUCGGACGUGUGUACUCAAAGCAACAAGUUAUUCCCAAACAACCAACCGGAACCAAAGAGUAUGGCACCAAUCACGAACUCGAGAUUUGGCCGCUAAAUUUCCGGUGGUGCUGGCCUGUGUGGUGGUGGUAUCUAUCUCAUCCUCUGCGAAUCAGCUGGGUGUAUCCAAACACACAUGCUGCCAUCCAUGUAUAUGUGAAGCAGUCGGGUUGUGCCCGAUCGAGUAGUGCGGCCGUUUGCACCGUACGUUUGAUCCAACAACCAGAGUGUCAACACCGACCAAACAAUGGUCAAUGCAACGAGUACGAAUUGUCGGGUAUUCCAACGAAGCUUAGGAGACUUGAAUCUUGGUCUCGCAACCAGGUGUGAACUCCUCGCAGCAUGCUUAUGCUUCAUUCGAGGUCUUCCGCCACCUUAACACCAGAUAGCGGUCCAUCUUUCUCCGGGGCAAUCCUUAUUCUCCUAUCUCAGAGCGCAUUGAAUAUCACCCUUGCCCAUCGCCAACAUCUUGACGUUUAUGCCCUGGAAAGGGCCGGAACAUGUCCGUAGGAGUAUGAAGUGGACAAAAGUAUGUUUGCGUCUCCGUCAUGCACUUGCACGCCUUAUAUUUGGACAUGAGGGUAAUACGCCUUGAAACGAAUCUUAUACUUGAGAUCGCAACAGAUGGGGAGGGGUGC